AUGUUGGGCCUGAAAGCACGCAUGGCCAUCAUCGACAACUCGGGCGGACUGAUCGCUGAGUGUGUAAACGUACUACGAAACAAGACAACACAGGGUCUCGGUCGAGUUGGCGACGAGAUCGUGGUGGUCGUACAGAAAGCACGACCAAUCUCCAAUGCACCGGGUCAAGCAAGCGCACAGAAAGUACGAAGGGGCGAUGUUCGACAUGCCGUGAUUGUUCGCACCAAAAAGGAGAUGACAAGACCAGACGGCCGAGUCAUUCGCUUCGACGACAACGCUUGUGUCCUCCUCAAUAACAAGAAGGAACCGCUUGGGACACGAGUCAACGGCGUCGUUGCCAACGAGCUUCGAGCGGCUGGGUGGGGAAAGAUCGCAAGCUUGGCGCCCAAAGUCAUCUAG